AUGCACCUGCAAGAGUUGUACUGGCUGCUCAGGUUUAGUGGCUCCUGGAGUCUCAAACGAAACGAGCCUGGAGAGCAGCGGAGACUCCUGGCUUCUUCCAUGUUACAGGAUUUGGAACUGGAUCUACAGGACGAAGAGAAAGAAGAGACAGGCCUAUUUCCAGGUAUGGCUCGUGGGUCCAGGCCUCCAUCAAACAUUCAAAGAUUGUCCCAGAGAGACAAUGACCGUCAGAGCUGGAGAGGACCCAAGACUGCUUCGGACCAAUCCCAUCCCAAGAGCCACUCACCGCUUCCCAUAGGACCUCUCCCGACUAGAGAAACCAGUCUGAAAAGUACUAGCCGAAUGGGGACGACCCAAUCUGGGGAGCCAAGGUUGAGCUCAGGGUCACCUGAAGGGAGGGAUAUCUGCAGUCGAGGGGUAGUGACCCCUAGGAAAUGUGGGUCAAGAAGUUCCUCUCGGUCAAGCAGAAACUCAAGGGAGGAGCUGCAUUCUUCCAAGGGAGCAGAGGAUAUCAGGGUCGUCAAGGAUGAAGGGGAUGACUGUGUUAUCACCAAUAACCAGACUAUUUCUGGGAAAGGUGUCAGCUGCAUCCCCAACAAUAUUCGGCACAAGUUUGGGAGCAGUACAGUGGAUCAGCUGGUGACUGAGGAGCAGGCUCGAAGGGCUAUAUAUGAAGUGAUUGAGGGACAGAAGCGGGUGAGCAACCGUGUAAGCAAGACUCGGAAUCCGAUGGAAUCCUCAGCGUUUGCAGAUUAUUAUGAACUGGGCUACAAUAUGAGAUCCAACAUAUUCCAAGGGGUUUUGACAGGGCCCCCCAUGGAGGUAAAGAGCUUAAUGAAGGACUCCUACACUGCGGAUGUAAUUGAGAGAGCUGUGAGGGAUCCCAAACACUGGCAUGGAAGGAGGACAGAUGAUCUUGGGCGGUGGCAUCAGAAGAAUGCCCUGAACCUCAAUCUGCAGAAAGCUUUGGAUCAAAAAAUUGGAGAAAGGCACAAAACUUGAAGUAGAAGUACUAAGAAAAGGGGAUGCUCUCCCUCCUAGAAGGAGUUAAUUAAAAAAA